AUGUAUGCCCCAGACUUUAACAACCCCAAGCUGCAGGCUAUCAACCACUUCACUGAGGACAUGAAGUCUGCCCUGCUGUCUGGGGGGCUGAAGCAGUUUGAGCUUGCACUCCUUCUUGCGGGUCUGAAUGCACUCUGCCAGGGAGACGUGGGAGCACAGGGUCAGCAGGUCCGGAAGCGUGCAAAGUCUGCUGCAAGCAAUGACUGCAGCAAGAGGACAAAACGUACCGCACAGGAGAUGGCGGGCUUGCUUGAGAAGGAGUUUCACUCGGACAUCAUGUCUGCAUCCAACUUCAAGAACAUCCCGGUAAGGUGUCAUGGUCCAGGAUUGUUUACUAUUCUCAACAUACAUUCAUAG